CAGACACCAACCAUGCCAGCCGACCUCAGCGGGACCUGGAACCUUCUCAGCAGUGACAACUUCGAGGGCUACAUGCUGGCCCUGGGUAUUGACUUUGCAACUCGUAAGAUUGCAAAGUUGCUGAAGCCACAGAAAAUGAUUGAGCAAAACGGGGACUCCUUUACCAUCCACACGUGCAGCAGCCUGAAGAACUAUCUCGUUCACUUCAAAGUCGGAGAAGAAUUUGAGGAGGACAACAAAGGCCUGGAUAACAGAAAAUGCAGGAGCGUGGUUACCUGGGAGAACGACAAACUCACUUGUGUACAGAGAGGAGAAAAGAAAAACAGAGGCUGGAGCCACUGGAUCGAAGGGGACCAGCUCCACCUGGAAAUGUUCUGUGAAGGCCAGGUGUGCAAACAAAUCUUCCAGAGAGCCUGAUCCUGUCCAGCAACAGAGCCCACUCGGGGCAAGUCCUCAUGCCAAAUUAUCUUGCAGAAGGGACGGGUGUUUGUCUGUUCUGGGUUAAUGAAGGGCCUUGUAACUGAAAUGCUGUCACGCAGCCUGAACGAGAAACUAUUUGAUUCCAGGACAGUUUCAGCCCCAAUAAACCUGUUCAAAUGA